AACAUGCCAUCUGGAGCUGAUGGUGUCAGUUUCCUCAAUCUCUCGUCGACUCGUCCCUCUUUCGUUCUCAAUAUCAUAUGCUAGCAAAAGCUUGAAAUCGGGAAAACCCUAGAAAUUAUAGAUUUCAAGAAAUCUGUGUACGCUCAAAAUGGUGAAGAAGCGGGUCCCCGAUUGGCUUAACAGUUCUCUCUGGUCCUCCACACCUUCCUCUGACGACCACCGUGAUCUCCGCCACUCUACCACCACAUCGACCACCACCUACGCCAAUGAAGAACGAGAGAGCUCUACGGCGGACCCACCUUUGCCUGCACCUUCUCCUCCCUCACCACCUAUCAGAGAAGAUCCCCCACAGCCGCAGAUAAUCAAAGAUUCAAGAGCCAAUCUUGUCGCAAAUGAUCACAAUGGCACUUCUUCUAUUCCUUCUACAGAUGACAUCUCUCGCCAGGCUCAAUUGCUGGCCGAGCUAUCGAGAAAGGUGAUAGAUAUGAGGGAGCUGCGAAGAAUUGCAUGUCAAGGUAUCCCUGAUGGUGCUGGGAUACGUUCUACUGUAUGGAAGCUUUUGCUUGGAUAUCUUCCACCGGAUCGAGGUCUUUGGUCAUCUGAAUUAGCUAAGAAGAGGUCUCAAUAUAAGCAUUUCAAAGAGGAGGUCCUGACGAAUCCUUCAGAAAUUACGAGGAGGAUGUACAGCUCUACAAGUGACACUUCUGAUGCAAAAUGUGGGAGUCGAGGCUUGCUCUCUAGAUCUGAAGUCACUCACGGGGAACAUCCCUUGAGUCUUGGAAAGACUAGCAUAUGGAAUCAGUUCUUCCAGGACACAGAGAUAAUAGAUCAAAUUGAUCGAGAUGUAAAGCGCACUCAUCCAGAUAUGAAUUUUUUUUCUGGUGACUCGCAGUUUGCAAAAUCAAAUCAGGAGGCUUUGAAGAACAUAUUGAUUAUUUUUGCGAAGUUAAAUCCAGGUGUAAGAUAUGUUCAAGGGAUGAAUGAGAUAUUGGCUCCUCUGUUCUAUGUGUUUAAAAAUGAUUCUGAUGAAGAAAAUACAGCCUUUGUUGAAGCAGACACAUUCUUUUGUUUUGUUGAGCUAUUAAGUGGGUUCCGAGAUAAUUUUUGUCAACAACUAGACAACAGUGUUGUGGGAAUCCGUUCCACUAUUGCUCGAUUAUCACAGCUCUUGCGACAACAUGACGAAGAGCUGUGGCGUCAUCUUGAGAUUACAACCAAGGUCAAUCCCCAAUUCUAUGCGUUUAGGUGGAUUACACUCCUCUUGACUCAGGAAUUCAAUUUUGCUGACUGCCUUUUCAUUUGGGACACUCUUCUAAGUGAUCCAGAAGGUCCACAGGAGACUCUGUUACGGAUAUGCUGUGCAAUGCUAAUUCUUGUUCGGAGGCGCCUUUUAGCGGGUGAUUUCACAUCCAAUCUCAAGUUGCUGCAAAAUUACCCGUCUACAAACAUAAGCCAUUUGCUCUACGUUGCCAAUAAGUUACGCGUACAAGGAAUGUAAUGGUUACAGCGCAUUAUUUUUGCACUUCAGUUUUAAAUCUGCAAUGUAGUGUUUUCAAGUUCAACGAUUGUAAAUCACUCUGUAAAUGUUGGUUCAGAGUAGCAACCGGUGGCUUUUUAUUUUAUUUUAUGAGAUCUUGUUGAAGUGCGCCUUGAUUCACUGCUCUCCUAAGAGAAAGAUUGGCGUUGAGGUCUCGGAUUUAGACUAUGUUCUAUAUUGUGUUCUGUAUCCGUAAAGGUUAUGGAGUUGCUCGCUUAUUAUUAUUAUAUGUUUUUGAGCCUUUA